UAUAAAACUCUUGAACCGAGCUCUCUUCACAGACAGAAUUGAUCUGGAUUCGCGAUAGCCAGUGUGCAUCCGGGCAGAUAUCGAACACAUUGAGAGCCUUUUCAUUCAUCAUGGCCAAUAGCAUUAUUCGUCAAAACUAUCCCACUGAUCUGGAGGCGGGCAUCAACAAGCAGAUCAACAUGGAGUUGUUUGCCAGUUACACCUAUGGUGCUAUGUACGCCUACUUUUCCCGAGAUGAUUUGGCCAAGCACGGGUUUGCCAAGUUCUUCCGUGAGAGUUCCGAUGAAGAACGUGAUCACGCCUACAAGCUCAUCAAGUACCAAAACAUGCGGGGUGGGCGGGUAGCUUUCCAGGAUGUGGCCAAGCCUGUCAAGGUUAACUUUGAAGGCCCUUUGGAGGCUAUUGAAGACGCUUUGGCCUUGGAAAAGACUGUCAAUCAGUCUUUGUUGGAUUUGCAUAAGAUGGCCACUUCUCAAGGAGAUCCUCAAUUGCCCUUUUUCCUCGAGGGAGCCUUCCUCAAAGACCAAGUGAAGACUGCCAAGAAACUGGGUGAUAUGAUCACCAAGGUCAAGCGCGCCGGUGAAGGUGUCGGUCUUCAUAUCAUUGAUCAGGAAUUGAAAUUGCAAUAAAAGGUGGCCUUUGAAAUGGGA